UUUAAAGCGAGGAUGAUUGAAAAGAGUAAGACAAUUUUGAUGAACAUGUGAGGUGGAAAGUUGCUAAUAAUUGUGGCAUGGUAUUAAUCUCAAGAAAUGCAGAAAUCAAGAUGGACUGCAAAAUAUUCCACGUUUUUUUUUUCAAGAUUUAAAGUUGCCAGAAGUGGAUGUUGUUCAAUAAAACCAAGCAAUUAUGCUCGUAUGAAUUAUUCGUCUCACAGCCAAGGCAGCAAUGGUGGAUCGACAAAUGUUCCCAAAUUCGAGCACAGUGCUUCCGAAACACUUGCGUCGUGGAUUACCAACAGCUUUGCAUGUGAUGAACAUCUUCCUGCAUUUAGGGUCAAUGGAAAUAAGCUAAAAAUACACACCAAACCUCAAGAUUUCUACCAAACGCUAAAAACAAAAGCUGCCCAUGCCAAGAGACGGAUUAUACUUGCAUCACUUUAUAUUGGAACUGGAAGACUUGAACAAGAGCUUGUAGAUACAAUUUAUGAAAGAACAAAAGAAAUGGCAGAUAAAAACAAGGAUUUCCUAGUUCACAUUUUACUUGAUCAUUCAAGAGGAUCAAGAGGAAGAAAAAAUUCCAAGACUAUGCUAUUGCCCUUGGUGAACGAUUUUGGUGACAACGCUAAAGUCUGCCUUUAUCACCCACCAACUCUUAGAGGGUUGCUGCAUGCACUUGUACCUGAAAGAUUCAACGAAACAAUUUCAGCCAUGCAUAUCAAAGCAUAUAUCUUUGAUGACACUUUAGUGAUGAGUGGGGCCAAUUUGAGCAAUGACUACUUUACAAAUAGGCAAGACCGUUGCAUUGUAUUUGAAGACUGUAAAGAGUUGUGUGACUACUUUCAUGGCCUUGUUGAAACAGUGAGUUCCUUUUCAUUGGAGCUUGAUCCUAACAAUACUACUAAAGUUGCAGAUGGAUUUCCAGAGCAUCCAUAUAAAGGCAGCAAGAAAAAGUAUAUUGAAGCAGCUAAAGAAAAGAUGCAGCAGUUUUUAAAACUUUGUUCAAAGGAACAGCCUCAGAAAUUGAGUUUAGAUUAUGAAGCUACAAAUGGUGAAUCAUGUUUUGAAGACAACUCAGCUGCCCAUGAUGCUGAAAGGAGGACUGAUGCCAUAUGUGACAGUAAAGAUUAUGAAAAUACAAAUAAUAAUGAGAGCGAAUUUCAGAAUUUGAAUAGGACAACCGAAAAAGGCUUCACAGAUACAUUAGUUAUCCCAACACUGCAGAUGUUCUUGUAUGGUAUCAGACAGGAUGAAAGUUUCACUUCCUUAUUCUUUGAGUCAGCACCAGAAAAAUCUAGCAUAUUUCUAGCUACUGCAUACUUUAAUGUUACAAGUAAACACUGGAAUGAGAUUCUUGCCUCAAAGUGCCAAAACUUUGAUAUUGUAAUGGCUCAUCCUAAAGCAAAUGGAUUUUACAAGGCUCCUGGACCAGCAGGUGGAAUUCCUCAUGCGUACACGCUUAUCGCCAAGCAGUGUUACAAGGAUAUUGUUCGUUUUAAGCAACAGAAUCGACUAUCAUUUUGGGAGUACCAGAGGCUUGGAUGGACUUUCCAUGGAAAGGGUCUUUGGGCACAGCUACAUGAAGUACCUUUACCUCAAAUAACAAUGAUUGGUUCGUCAAAUUUUGGAAACAGAUCUGUAUAUCGAGAUCUAGAAGCUCAAUUAACAAUAUUUACAAAAAAUGAGCAACUUACUAGUCAGCUUCAGGAAGAAAAACGAAAUAUAACAGAGUAUUGUAACAAAGUUGACUCGAAUACCUACAAAGACCCUGAGCGUAAAGUCCCUGUGUGGGUUUUUAUUAUCAGAACAUUCAUGCGGACAUUUUUUUAACGAAAGCGAUUGUGAAACGAUAUGUUGUUUUUAGGAGAGUCGUCUAGCUCUUCAAUAUUGGUGCAAGACUACUUGUAUAAGGCCAUACGGCCUUCAGUGGUUUUCUGGUAACUGUAUGGUUUGGUAAUUGAAAGUCAAUAUUAAUAAUUUGUACUGUACCCAUAGAGUUUUGUAAACUGUAGCCAGCUGUUUUGGAAUACUUUAAAAAAUGCAGAGGGCUGACUGACGCAACCAAAAGAACAUUUGAAAGUCUAAGGGGCAGCUGUAACGCUGAGGUAGUCUGGAAAAGGGUGUAUCUCUAGUCUAGCAAUAAUUUGAGAAAUCUCUAGCCUAGAAAUGAGUCAGUUUUUGACAAAGU